AUGGAUUUCACGCCCAUUUAUCUGAUCAACCUGAUAUACGUGAUUCUAUUCUGCGCUUCUUUUCACCAGUGGUUGAAACCCUUGGCCAAUUGGCUAAUUACCAUCAACUUCCGACCCUUUCUCCGAGGCUUUCUGGAGCGUUUCACAGGCGACGUCGUGUCCAACAUGUUCGACCACGAGUCUUCGCUCAACUGGGGGGAUGAGUUCUCCUUCCUCAUCUUCGACUACUCGCUCGUCUCUGACGAUGAAACCUUGAUACAACUCUUGAUGGCAUGUAUUUUGAUCAGGAGCCAGCCAAUCGAAAUAGGGGACGAUGAACAGGAGGCGGAUUCUUCACACUGGACAUACUACCCCUGGCGCGUCAUGGAGGCCAUCAAACCGCGUUUUGACGUAGAAGAUGAAGAGGGUUGUUCAACAGACCUGAACUCUGAAAACGCACCCACUAACCCGGUGCCGCUCCCCGGCGUCGGUCAUCACUUUGCUCAAGGAAAAUGGCUAACACACCCACCGCCCGAAGCCGACCUACCAUCGCCGCGAGACGACCAGAUGCUCGCCUAUCUCCGCGACGAGUUUGACCAAGGGAACAAGAUCACCGGGGAACCAUUCAACGUCCGAUACGAGCUCGGCAUGUUCCACCGGGACCUGAUUCAGCAGCUCACCGCGUACCACUACCGCCGUCGGCGCGGAGCCGGUCCCAUAACGAGACAAGACGUUGCUGCGCGGGCCGAUACCAUGUGGGCGAGCAACCCGUCCCUGCGCCGCUUCCAGGAGCGGCACCAAACGGUACCGUGGGGCGUACCCGUGCCCUUUCUGACUUUUCAGCUCAUCAAGUAUCUGCCGGCGGCCAUUGAGCCCGAUCCGGAACUGCAGAGAUCGUGGGUCAGUAAGUAUCAAAUCGUCUGCAAUCCCGUCACCCGCACCGCCUACGUUCGGAUCAGGCCGGGUGGCGAUGAGGCGAUUGGGAUGACGGUUGAGGCCGCGGAGCAGAUGAUUGGCGGGAUGAGGCUGCUCCACGUGGAGAUGCUGAAGAUUUGGGGGCUCUGCCGUCGUCGACCGAUGUUCUGGUCGGGUGAGGAUUUGGAUGCGUUUGUGCGAGACAUUUUUGAAGGUGCUGCAUCUAGGAGGAAGAGGAUUCAUUUGGAUCCCAUUUUGAGCGCGAAGGAGCAUUGGAGGUACAUCAGAGAGGUGGAGGGUGUUUGA